AUGAGUAGCGUGCAAACAGACAUCAUCGGUUGUUUAUAUGCUCUAAAGCCCGUACUGCUUUUGAAUUCUCAAGAACCCGGUGCACGUUAUUUUAGUCCGAAUUUCUUAGUUAUUGACAUGUCCGCUCGAGCCAGAAAACAAAAAGCUGCGGAGUCUGAGAAAAACGAAGGUAGUCCGACAUCGUUCUCCCGAUCCGUUACAAUUGAACGCAGCCAUACAUCAUCAAGUGGGAGUCCUCGCAAAAGCUUUUCUCGCAGUGAAAGAUCUAGCAGCCCUUUGACUAUAAGUCGAUCUGAAGAAAAGGAUGAGCUCGCCCAUCUGAAUGAUCGCCUUGCAGGGUACAUCGACUACGUUCGAAAACUGGAGCUUGACAAACAGAAACUCACUAGACGUAUACAGACUGUUACAGAAGAACGAAUGAGUAAAGUUGAAGAAGCCAGGAAAACAUAUGAAGAUGAAAUUACAGCCUUAAGAAAUUUGGUUGACGAUCUGGCUAAACAAAAGUCAAAAGCAGAGCUAGAUUCCAAGCAAAUGAGAGAUGAGUUGAAUGACAUAAAGAUGAAGGCCAACAAACGAGAUCAAGAGAAUCGUAAUUUGCAGAGAAAGAUAGAAAAUCUUGAAAGGGAAUUGAGUAAGUAUAAACAAGAUCAUGAUGCUUACCAGCCUCUCCUUAGCGACUACCAUGUUUUAGAAAAACGGUUCGAAGAAAUGAAACGAGAUCUUGAGGCGGAGACACUACUUCGAACUGAUUUAGAAAACAAAAUCCUCGGUCUUAAAGAGCAGUUAGAUUUCCGUUCCCGGUUGUUCGAUGAAGAACGUGAAAAGUUAGUUGAACGCAGUUUAUACAUUGAAGAGGAGGUCGAAGGACGCAAGCAAGCUGAAUACGAAAGUCGAUUAACGGAGGAGCUUAGAUCAAUUCGAGACCAAACCGCUUCUGAAUUAGAAGAGUAUAAAAUACAAAUGGAAGAAACGUUUGAGAGCAAACUGGGACAAUUAAAGUCAUCAGCUAAUUUUAGUGCCGAAGAUGCUAGUCGACAGCGGUCUGAGCUGUUGAUAGCUCGCAAACGUGCUGAUGAACUUUCCCACGAUUUAUCCAAGAAAAUUGCUGAACUGGAACUGCUUCAACGACGAGUAGCAGAUCUUGAACGGCAGUUAGCUGAUGAACGGAAAGAUUUUGAAUCUCAACUUCUUUUCCAACGCCAGGAAGUAAAUCGAUUAAAAGAGGAAUUGGAAGAAAGUUUCCGUGAAUUUACUGACCUCAUGAAUACGAAAAUUGCGUUAGACCAAGAAAUACUGAUGUAUCGAAAGAUGUUAGAAGGUGAAGAAUCAAGACUCAACCUAACACCGGCUCCUCGUGACUCGCCGUUCAACAUACCGGUCAAACGUAGGCGUGUAGAUGGAGAUUUUGAGGGUGAUGAGUCGAAUGCCAGUUUAACUGGAGCCAGUUACAGUUCAUCCCGGACAAGAUUCGCCUACCGAGUGUCAUCGACUGCACGUGGACCUGUAGAAUUCUUCAAAGAACAAGAUACACAUGGCAAGUGGAUCAAAAUACAUAACUCUUCAAAUGAUGAAAUGAAUUUAGGUAGCUGGGAACUUGUUCAUGAAGCUGAUGGCCACGAGACUCGUUUCAAAUUUUCGCGGGCUUUCUCCUUAAAACCGGGGGCAAUAUGCACAAUUUGGAGUCAAGAUGCUGAAGGAAAUUCACAUAAUCCUCCUGCUGAUCUAACUAUGAAGAAUAAAAGUUUCCAUCCUGGCACUGAAGUUACAAUUCUAUUACUUGAUACAGAUGGUGAAGAGCAAGCAAAAUGUACGGUUAAACGAGAAAAAAUUCGUCCCGGAGUUAAUUUUGAUCGUAAAUCCGGUGUUCGCGCUCAUGAUGAGAAAUGUCAUCUUAUGUGA